AAUUAACAGAAAUCCCGUUUCAAUUCAUGCAUACGAAGGCCCGUUAGCGAGCCGUCUUCUAGCUGUUAGCUGUACGGUCAUCACCUGAACUCGAAGAAGAAAUGGAGUGCGCCGCGAAGGGAGGCGGAACCCGGUGCACAGGUCCGCCUACAAGACCAUGUGCUCGUUGUGGUGCUGUUGCUUACUGCUCCGUCUCUCACCGGAUUUCACAUUGGAGUGAGCAUAAAAACGAAUGUGAAAGACUAGAGGAGCAAAUGAUGCGUAUUGAUGAACUGAAUGAUUUCCCUUUCACCUUCUCUACUCCUUCUCAGCAAGAGAGCAGGUGUUUGUUCUUUAGCAAAAUAGAAAUUCAUAGGUUGGGGAUGUGGAUGUGUGAAUGUAGCUGUGGUGCUUCACUUGAUUACUCUGAUUGUUUAAGGUCGAAGGACGAAGGCUGGAAUCUUUCCACUGAUAUGUGCCCUUGUCGGGGGCCUGUUUCUGCAAUUCCAAAGCAUUUAACUAGCUGGAUGGAUUACUAUGAGUGGAGAGGCAUCCCACUACAUUCACCUGUUGCUUUGCUUCUUCACUGGCCGCUUAUGAUUUACUACGCAACUCAAAUUGCUCAUAUGAGAAACUCAACUUCCGAAAGCUGCAACAAAUUGUGCAUACACUAUCUUGGGCCUGAAAAAGAGCUCCUACAACUGGCCGUCUUUGGGGAGUUGCAUGCACUUUUUCCUGGUGUAAAUGUGCAUCUAGAACUCAUUGGACCUGCGAUUCCAGAAAAUAGGGAUGGCCAGAAGAUUGAUCUAUGCAGUUAUGCUUGUUGCUUGGAUAGAGACUGCAAUUGCAUUUGCAGGUCCUCAAGCAAAACUAUGAAUGGGAGUGCUGGUGCUGAUAAUUCUUCAAAGGUGACGUUACAGCUUCGUAGAGGAUUUUACCAUGACUGUUACCAAGAUUUAGGAGAGGGUUCAUUUCCUGAUUUAGUCAUUGCUCCAAAUGCUGGCAUUGCUGCUUAUCCAAGUUGGUUACCUACUCUUAAGCUGAUUUAUGAGAAUGGCGCCCCUGCUGUUUUUUCUGAUUAUUGUGAAGAGGCUUGUCACCUAGCAGCGAGCUGCAUAACUAGUGUAACUGGGCGUCCUCUCUCCCUUCCGAUUGAAAUAAAUCCUUUCAGGCAGCCAAUAAUGGUGGAAGACAGUGCUCUGCUUCUACCCUGCUAUUCAAAUUGCUUUAUAUUUGGGAUGUGAGCUGGAAAUGUUUUUGAGGGUUAGAAAUUUGUGUAAACUGAAGGCCUUGGUUGCUGUUCUGCAUUUGGACGAGUUCAUUGACAGAGAAGCGUGUCGCACUUGCAUGAACCAGAACCCUUAUCACGUAAAUGAAUUGCAUACCGUCUUCGGGUUACAAAAUUCAUGAGAAUUAAUCGAGAUGACUGAAAAUCACACAGUAAUUUUUCUGAAUACGAAGGCUCGGCAAAGAUCACCAUUUGCUGUAUAUCUAGAAAAUGGGGAUGUACCUGAUCCCCAUGAAAUUUGGCCAAAAAUUCAAGAAGCUUUCUACCAGGCUAAGUUGGAUUUUGGGUAAACCGUAAAAGCAUGACAUAUCAAUAGUAUUGUGAUGGUUAAUAAAAGGCUAAACCCAUCUAGAGGCCCUUGUACUAUAUCAUUUUUGUUCAAAAAGUCCCUGUACUAUUUUUUUGUUC